AUGAGCAAUUCAAAAUAUUAUACUGCCGAUGAAGAUAUAUCAAGUAUAUAUAGUAAUGAUUCUAUUACAGAUAAUGAUUCAAGCAAUGAUAUUAAUUUUGAAUAUUUGACAAAACAACAAAAAACGAUACAAGAGCUUUUUCAAUCAUUAGGUUUUAUUAGUAUAGAUGAUACACGUCUUCUUUCUGGUGAUACUGUAGCAGAAGCAUUAGAGAAGUCUCAUGAUAAAAUUAUCAAAAUUCGUCAAGAUGCAUUAUUGUUCUUUGGUUUUAAGUCCCGAGCUAAAGAAAUACCUGAUCUCAAAUUUACAAUAAAACUGAUUAAUGCAAUAGCAG